ACCCGACCAGCACAACGUCUGGGGUCCGACCCGGUACUGGUUAUUAUUAACAUUUAUUAGUUAGUCAUUAUAAUGCCAUCAGUGUUUUAUUGGUAUUUUUCCAUUCUAGAUUUAAUCAUUUUACCAACAGAAAAAGACAAAAAUGACUGAUUGUGGGUCGGCGACCAAGCGCCACAACCCGGUUGACAGCAUCUGCCGCAAGAUCAAGACCAUUCAAAUGAGGGAUCAGGACUCUAACCCCAACCUGCAGAUCCCCAAAUUUCAGUCCCGCAACUUUGACAGCCCCCAGUCCAACACCAAGAAGAACCUGGAGGAGGUGCUGAAGAACCGGACUGUAAAGAUCCCUGAUAAGGAAUGGGGACUGGGGAGCCUCUCUAGUCCAGGGGGACACGUCUUCUCUCCAGGGCACAAUUUGGCCUCUCCUUGUUUACGAGCCGUGGCACAAAAUGAUUCCCCAUUGGGCAAUGCCUCCUAAACCAUCAACCUGACUGUGAAGGACAACAACAAAAAGAUCUGGUCAGCAAAGUCUCAGAGCUGCUCCACUCCAGUUGUCUAUGCUGGGGACCUCCAGUUUAAAUUCUCCCAGUCUGCCAUUCCCAGUGCUCAGUAUAAGAGCAUUUUGCUGGAAGAGCCGUCCAUCCCCUCCACCCCCAGUUUCUACUUUGCAGAUAGGAAAUCAGAAAUCAUCACCCUCCAGUCGCCGGUGGUCAAGAGGCUUUCGUUGAGUGAGACUGGAGGUAGGAACAAAAUGGAGCACAAAGCAGAGAAUGCGUCGGAGGUGAGUCUAAUCUGUGAGGAGGACUUGCUGGACAGUAUCUUCCAUGCCUGUGAUUCAGAUCACCGAGGUAAAGUUGCUGUGUCCAAGAUUGUGGAUUAUCUGCGGCACACGACAAGCCGUGGCUCUGAGGACAGUGGACUGGAUGAACUGUGUGACAUGCUGGACCCAGAGAAGCAGGACAUUUCCUUGGAUCUAGAGACCUAUCACGCCAUCAUGAAGGAAUGGAUCGAUGACUGCAGGAACAACGGAACUGAAACUAAUAAAAUGAAGGAAUCGGCCCUGGGGCCUGAGGAGUCGAUGUUUAAGCUGCGGGAGAGUCUCCUUGCAGUGAGGAGGAUUUCUGGCACCAUGAACAUCACGUCGGGGAGCCUGGAGGCUUUUGGGGGUGACAUCUCCAUAGGAGACCUGGAGACUUCGGACCUGAUCACGUGCGUGGCUGAUCUGCAGUACAAUAACCAGAAGCUGCAGAAACAACAGGCCAAGCUGAAGGCCACCAAUGAGGGCCUGGAGGAGGCCAACCAUUGGCUUCUGGAGGAGAACGAGGAGCUGUACAAUCAGUGGAAGAGUUCCCAGCAGGCCAUAACCAGAGCCAGGGUCUUAAAGCAGGAGGACACGCGUGGGAUGGCGGAUCUGGUACUGGUGUCUCUGCAGCGCCUGAUUGAGUUGGACACGGAUGCUAAGGAUUUGCCGGGGAAGAUGCUGGAGACCAUAAAGGCCGACCUGAGGGAGAAGCGCAGAAGCUGGAGCCACAAACUGAGGCAACUGGAGAAGCACCGCGAGUCGAUGGAUAAGGAGUUUGUGAAGGUCGCAGGGAGUCUCCGGCGACUGAAAACAGAACAGGUUCACAUGAGGAAAGAGCUGUCGGCCAGGUUUAAUGAGCUGGAGACGGCGAGACAGAGGCAGGAGGAGGCCGAGGGCAAAACAGAGGCCGUCACUCAGAGGCUCAGAGAAGUCGUCCUCGGGGAAGAGGAUUUCACAGAGAAGGUGGGUGAGUUGCAGGGAAUACUCGGUGAUGUGCGGGUGCAGAACCAGACUCUGACCGGGCAACUGGAGGAGGCGAAUGUACAAGACUUGCUGGCAGCGAGAGACUCACUAAAUGCCAACUGUCAGCUCCUCCAGCACAACUGCACCAAACAGCAAAAAUCCAUCCAAUCCCUCCAGGAGAAACUGUUUAAAGGGCAACUCUGCGCUCUCCUCUGUCAGAACUGCUCGGAUCAGAACCCAGUGGAAGAGACCAGUGCCCCCCCUUGUGAUGUGGAGCCCCAGGGUGGAAGGGGGGAAAAGCACAAAUGUAUCUGCGAGAGAUUCUGUAUCCAAGAGGCAAAUUGUUUGGUCCAAACCCCCAAAAGCAGUCGUGAUGCUCCCCCACUGUGUGUAUAUACCCUCCUGCUAGACGCACUGACUCUGGAGAUAUUACAGUUGUAUCCGAGACUCGGGGUGCGGAAUUUUUCUCGUUUCGGAUCCAGAAAUCAGAGCAAAUGUGAAAGCGCCAGACACCGGGAAGUCCAUAAAACUGCAACGUCAGAGGGGGAUUCUGUGAAUCUAAACAAGGGCAGUUCUGUGUCUCGGGAGGUUCAGACGGAUGUGGAUUAUUCUGAUGCUCUUUCCAUGGAUCUUCCUUUCCCACAGGGGAGCACAGCUGAGCAUCAGUUGGGGGACCCCAAAACCAGCAGCAUUGUCCUGAAUUCCCAGGUUGCCCCCAACGCCCCCACUACUGCUGUGGAUUACACCCUCAUUCCAUCAGAACCAGAUAACGAGCAGUUCAUAAUGGAGACGGGUGCUGUUGGGUCAGAGGAACCUCCAGUAAAACAUGAAGCAGUGGAAUCAGCAGAGGCCUCUGCUACUGAAGGGCCACAGAGUGAAAUUGGGCGAAGCUCUUUGGUAGAAGAACCCGUGUUGGAGGAGGAUGAAGAAGCGAAAGCUGGGGGGUUCCCAAUGGGACCUGCAGACCAGGAAGCAAAUUCUCUCCCCGAGCCUCUUCCAUCCAACUCACCCACUGACCCACUGGGGGAAAAUACACCCUUUACCAAUAACCAAAAGGAGAUGGAGACUGAAUUUCUGCGCCUGUCGCUUGGAUUUAAAUGUGACCUGUUCACACUAGACAAGCGGCUGCGGCUGGAGGAAAGGUCUCGUGAUUUAGCGGAAGAGAAUCUGAAAAAGGAGCUUACAGGUUGCACCAAACUGCUGGAGGCCCUGGUGCCCCUGUGUGAGGAGGACAACGAGUCUCAUGAGAUAGUGAAGAAGUUGGAGAAGGCCCUGCAGUUCCUCAGUGUUCACACAGCCCGAGUGGCAAGUCGAGCGGAGAUGCUGGGGGCCAUUCACCAGGAGAGCCGGGUCAGUAAGGCCGUGGAUGUGAUGAUCCAACACGUUGAGAACCUGAAGAGAAUGUAUGCCAAGGAGCACGCCGAGCUGGAGGAUCUCCGAGAACUUCUCCAUCAGAGCGACCGGUCCAGCUUCUCCGCUGAGCGAGAUGAAAAGUUGUCGUCGUCUUUACCCGCAAAGCCGUCGUCUCUUAGGAGAGUCAGUAUGCCGGCUUAUACCCGCAGCAUGGUGAUGGAACCAUUUGGAGGAGAUAAAAUAGAUGGAAAAUUCCACAAAAGAUCAAACAGCUGGAAACUGAUGGGCUCGAAGCCGAAUGAGAAUCGCCCGAACCUGCAGCGUUUCGCCACCACUUACGCCCGUCCCGAUCCGACUGACGAGGAGUCAAUCCAAGAAGAUGAAGUGAACCAGGAGUUCCCUGAGGAUAUACAAGAUGACAUCACCAGGAAGUCGAGUUUCCUAGAAAUAACGUCCCCCGCACAAGCAUGCAGUCUGUACGGCAGGGUUCAUUCCUGGGGGUCUGACCUGAAGAAUUGCAUUUUGUCUCUGAACAAGACUGUGGUGAUAUCGGUGGUGGUUGUUUUCCUGCUGGCGGCGCUGCUGAGCUUCCUCAUGGGACUUUCCUACCAGAGACCAGAGGAGGGAGCUCCGGAGGGGACGGGAGACUCUUGGACCUCACUGCAGCAGUUUUUGUGGCCUUAUACAGGACUCCACCAUAAUGGGCAACCCCCUGUGUGAGGCGACGGGGGAAUGUCGGACUUAUUCAUGUAACACAUCGAUCUCUUCCCAACUAAUUUAAUAAUUAUAUAUUUUAUAGAAGGUUUUAUGGAAGACAAAGAUAAUUAUAUUUUGUAUAUAACCUAGAAACUCCACUAUCUGUUCCCCCUUUAACAAAAAAAAAAUGAGGCAGAUCCAAUCGCCGGUUCUGAGCACUUGAGAUAAAAGGAUAAAUAUCUUUAAAUGCUAAAAUAAAACUUGUCGUUUUCCUGGA